GAGCUGCGUGGAAAUGUCCGCAUCCUCGCUCGAGCCCGCUCCGCCCCAGGUCAAACCGACAAUCUCUCGUUUGGGAGUGACGGACCGGGCUUAACUCUGAAUGGCCGUCCGUUUGAGUUCGACCGGGUUUUCAGCGCGUCGUCAACUCAAGAUGACGUCUUUGAUGAGGUGGCGGGGGUGGUUCAGUCCGCCAUCGACGGACACAGCGUGUCUGUGCUGGCUUACGGACAAACAGGUUCUGGCAAAACUUACACGGUAGAUCUUGGAAAAUAUGGUCUGCAAUGCGGAAUAAUUCCGCGUGCGCUGGAACUUAUUUUACAGCAAACUUACGUAUUGACAGAGGACGGCCGGACCCAUCAAAUGGAAGUGUCGGCGCUCCAGGUCUACAAUGAGACCAUCCAAGACCUGCUGGACUCCGGUGGCGCCAACUUGGAGCUUCGGAUGGCGAGCAAGAUCAGCGUUCAAGGACUCUCGAGUGCCCAGGUACGUAACAUCGAAGAUGUCCAAGAACUGCUCAUCCGAGCGUCCAAGAACCGCUGCACCGCGAAGACUGCGGCGAACGCUGUGUCAUCGCGGUCGCACUGCGUGACCAAGGUCAGUAUUGCUGGUUCCCACGCCAGCUCUGAAGAUCGCUCUGACGACCUCCUUCAUUUGGUCGACCUCACUGGGAGGGAGCGCGUUGCUCGCUCCAGCGUCACAUGCGACUUUAUGAAGGAGGCUCAGGCUAUGAACACGAGCCCGAGUGCUCUCAGUGGCGUAUUCAACGCAAUCGACAAAGGCAGCAAGCAUGUUCCUUACCGAGACUCCAAGCUCACGUCCCUGCUGCAAUCUUGCUUCUCUAGUGGAGGCAAGGUGCAAACGGUGGUUAACGUGGUAGCAGACGCCAGGCCGCGACCAAGACCCUGCGGUUGCUGCAUUUUGCAGAUAAUGUCAAGAAAUGCGCCCUUAGGGCCGAAGAAGCUCCGUCACCCCAUUCAGGCGUAA